AUGUGCCAGUGGCGGGAGUUGCUGGCAACAUAUGGCCUGAUGUGCGUGCUUUCCGCACAAGGGUCUUCGGCCAACAUGGAGGCUGGCGGAGUCUGUGGCGAUGGAGCGGGGUUCUCCGGAAAUGCCACGGGAGAUCAAGUAGCCUUGAUGCAAGCCAAGACUGUGCGAGUGGGAGCUCAGGUUAUGGCAACCACGAGGUCUGGUUCUGCUGAAGUGUCCUUCUCCGAGGUGGAAGACUAUCGUGGCAAGUACUGUUACGCCCCAGCCGACGAGAAGCGUGCAGAUUACAGGGUCUUUGAUGGGCUUUCCAGUCAGCAAGAAUGCGAGGAUUACUGUGCCACGGACCCGGAAUGCAACUUCUAUGGCUGGUACACAGGUAGACAGACCGGCAGCAGGUGUGAUGACUGUGUCUUGUACAAGGCCUGUGAUGCUCGUCGCGAGUCCGUGUGUAAGGACGUCGACAACCCGAAGAUCUACCAGAAGUCCCCUUUAAACACAGGGCGCGUGCCGUCCGCGGCGCAGGUGAAAGUUUUUGAGCCCGAUGAGACUCUCACGGACAUGUACUGCAAGGACUCGGAGAUUGUAGCCCUAGAUCACGCGAGCCUAGAAGAGUGCAAGUCGAAUUGCAGCAGAUUCUCGGACUGCUGGUACCUGGCGUACUACCACAACUCGAGACCAGAUGAGGAUGCAAGAGCCAGCUCAUGCAAUCCCCAGUGCCGGUUGUUCUCCAGGUGCAAUCACAAGGUUAACUCAUUGUGCAGGCCCGGUCCGACGGUGUUCGCGGCCAUCACCACCACGACCACCACGACGACUAGCAGCACGACCACUACCGUCUCCUCGGCAACGCUGGACACAGCUGUGCCACAGCUGCUGGUCACUUCGACGGCAGGUGUCUACCGCUGCCCUUUGGGAUCCAGAGACCUGGAUUUGUCCGGUUGCGUGCUGGUUGCAACCGCUGGUGCCGAGCUGACUGCGCCCGUCAGGGCCACGGAGGGCCCGGGCACCACGGUGCUCGUGGCUGACGGCUCCAAGGUUCUGCGCUGCGACCAAGUGACCCAGGCCGGGCCACAGUGUGAGACUGUGGUGGACCUCCAGGACGACGUGAAGGGCGUCAUAUUCAACGUUGACGCCAGGGCCCUCUUCGCCAGCGGAAGCUAUGUUGUCGUGACCACGGCAUCCCUUGGAGGCACCCCAACCUUCCUGUCCUGUGAAGCCGCAGCCGGGGCAUCCCAGCAGAACUGCCGCGCUUUCGACAAUUACUACAGCUUCUCUACCGGACAGUCCAUUGACGAUGUGCAUGUGGAUGUUCUUCUUCGUGACAUCCAGAAUGUGGUAGAUGAUUUGUUCGCACAUGUAGCCGUCUUAGGCACAAUUUAUCGCUGUCGCCUGGACUUUGGAGCACAAUGCGAAAGGGUAUCACAUUCAUCAUCUACCAUCUUCGCCACAUCCAUCUUCGUCAAGGGAGGACGUAUCUAUGGACUGCGGGCCAAUGCAGGUGACACCAACACCCCCAUCUUUGUGUGCGACACGUAUGAGGUAUCCACCAUCAAUUGGCAUCAAUGUACUCCUAGAGUGCUCCGAACCCUCUCUGGUGUGGGACGCGGCCUGGCUAUAGACCAGGACGAUAAUUUCAUCGUGUCGCGACAAAGCUCCGGGGCGCCCAGUGAGGUGAUGAGAUGUCCACAAGAUCCAGCAAUCCAGUGCGAAGUGCUUGUGGUAGGAAAGGAAGGUAAGCCGAUCGCCGACGUGAGCUUGCUGUACGCCUAUCCAGAAGCCUGA